CAAAGGCCAAAGAGGAAGAAGAAGGAAGAAGAAGAGAAAAAGCAAAGCCAAAAACCAAAGUUUUUAUUUGAGGAAGGAGGAAGCAAAAAGAUGGGGUCCUGAGGUACCUUCGGAAAAUUAAGGCUAAAGGGGUUUCUUUUGUUGCGCGCUAAAAUGGGUUUCUGCUGUGCAUUUAUUUUCAAAAGUGUAUCCUCAAGUCUCUGAUUUUGUUAUCUCAUCUGUAUUUGUCUGUUUUUUAAGUCUCUUCUUUCUUUGUUUCUAUUCGGGGCUAAAAACCCAUAUCCUUUUUCUUUCUUUCUUUCCUUCUUUUUUUUUUUUUUUGGGUUCUUUGCCUUACUUGAUUCUUGGAAAAACUGGAGAUUUUUGGGUUGUGGUGGUUACUGUUUGAGUUCUUGAUUUUCGUCCUACUAGAUGAAGGCCAUGCCCCUAUCCUUUGAGGAGUUUCAAGGGAAGGGGGUGUUAGAUUUCUCUUCUUCGUCUUCCUCCUCUUGCUCAGAUUCAUCUUUGUUGCCACUGCAACACCAACAAGAACAACUUCACAAGUGGGGGAGCAAGGGCUGUGAGCCCACCUCUGUUUUAGAACUUGGGAAAAGUCCCAGUCCACCAACGUCUACCUCAACACUGUCUUCCUCUCACGGCGGUAGCAGCGGCGGCGGAGGCAGCGGUGCCUCCACCGGCACGGCCACGGGUGUCUCCGGCAACCAUCCAGUAGACAUCGGAACGGAAAAAUGUGGGAUGGGAAUGGAUGAUUGGGAAAGUGUGUUGUCUGGCUCUCCUAGUCAAGAGCAGUCCAUUUUGAGGUUAAUUAUGGGUGAUGUUGAAGACCCUUCUAUGGGUUUGAGCAAGAUUUUGCAGCAGUGUCCUGGGUCUCAAGAAAUGGAGUUCAAUGCAGGUUUUGGCAUGGUGGAUCAAGGUAUGACGUUUGAGUCCUUUGGCACCGGUGGCAAUUUGGUGAGCAACAUUGACACUUCUAUUCCUGGAACUUGUUCCGAUUUUGCGAGGAUGGGGUCGGUUUCAAACCCAACAAAUCCCAUGUUUGCAUCCUCUACGGGCAAUCUUUUGUCCUCCUCUCUACCUCCCGGAGGCGGAGGCGGAGGCGGCGGCGGCGCCUUCCAACAGCAACAGCAGCAGCCACUUGAACCUUUGGAUGAGAAGCCACAGAUUUUUAAUCCCCAGAUGAUAAUUAAUCAGAAUCAGGCUCAGUUCACUCAGAAUCCGGCUAUGUUCCUGCCAUUGUCAUACGCCCAGUUGCAAGAGCAUCAUCUUUUAUCACCGCCACCUCCAAAGAGGUUUACUUCUGCAUCAGGCGGACCAAAUUAUCAGGUUCCAAAGGUUCCGUUUACGGGUUUUGGGCAGGAGCCUUAUCUCCGGCGGCAGCAGCAGCAGCAGCAGCAGCAGCAGUUCCAAAUGCUUCAACAGAGGCCAACAACAAUGGGGAUGCAAACGGGGAAGCCAAAAAUGGCUAGCGAUGAAUUGGCAAACCAACAGCUUCAGCAGGCGAUAAUUGACCAGGUUUCCAAGGCCGCAGAGCUGAUCGAAACCGGAAAUCCGGUACUUGCGCAAGGGAUAUUGGCGCGGCUCAAUCACCAGCUCUCUCCGGCAGGUAGGCCUUUUCAAAAGGCUGCUUUCUACUUGAAGGAGGCCUUGCAAUUGCUUCUUGACAUGAAUGCUUCCAGCGUCCCUGCUUUCUCCUCAUAUAACAUGAUCUUCAAAAUUGGUGCAUAUAAAUCCUUCUCUGAAAUUUCCCCCAUGGUUCAGUUCGCCAAUUUUACUUGCAAUCAAGCACUUCUGGAGGCAUUUGAAGGGUUUGAUAGAAUUCGCAUUAUAGAUUUUGAUAUUGGGUAUGGAGGGCAAUGGGCCUCUUUGAUGCAAGAACUUGUAUUGAGGAGUGGUGGUGCUCCUUCUUUGAAAAUCACAGCUUUUGCUUCUCCAUCCACACAGGAGGAGAUCGAGCUUAGUUUCACACUGGAAAAUCUCAAACACUUUGCUAGUGAAAUCAACAUGUCGUUUGAGAUUGAAAUUGUGAGGCUUGAUUCUCUCAAUUCUACAUCAUUGCACUUGCCUCCCCAGGUCCCGGAAAGUGAAGCAAUUGCAGUGAAUCUUCCAAUUAGCUCAUUCUCUAAUUGUCCAUCGACACUUCCUUUCGCCGUUCGCUUUGUGAAGCAGCUGUCUCCCAAAAUUGUGGUAUCCUUGGACAGAGGUUGUGACAGAGCAGAUGUACCAUUUGCACAACAUAUGGUACAUGCCCUUCAAUCCUACUCGGGUUUGAUCGAGUCCCUUGAUGCUGUGAAUAUGAACAUUGAUACCUUGCAAAAGAUAGAGAGGUUCUUGCUCCAACCAAGCAUUGAAAAGAUUGUCUUGGGUCGUCAUAGGUCCAUGGAAAGAACACCUACAUGGAAGGGUCUGUUUAUGCAAUCAGGAUUCUCCCCAUUAGCAUUCAGCAACUUCACGGAGUCUCAAGCUGAGUGUUUGGUGCAGAGGACUCCAGUUAGGGGUUUCCACGUCGAGAAAAGGCAGUCUUCACUUGUUCUUUUCUGGCAAAGGAGAGAACUCAUUGCCGCUUCAGCUUGGAGGUGCUGAAGAAGGUGCCUGCUUACUUACUCCCUUAGUUUCUGAUCCUUUGAAUUUUUGUUGCCUGUGCUUCUCUUAAAGCUAAUUGUCUAUGUGCCUUAGGCUUUACUAUUUCCAGUCAAGAAACCAAAACAUUUUAGUAACUGGAUGGUUUUUGUACACUUUCUCUCUUAUUUUCAUCUGGAUGUGGGUAUAACUUGUACUAUGGUUCUUUUUCCCAGUUAAGCUGUUAAUUGUAUGUUGUACACUUUAACAACAAUGCAAAAACAAGUAAAGGGAAGAAGGAGACUCAAAAUUAAGGUCAUCUCAUGUC